AUGGUUUACGACUGGGAGGGGAAACGCGACAUAUGUUACCAAAUGUAUAUCAAGGACAAGAAGGCGCUGGAGGAGAUCAUGGAGUAUAUGAAAACAAACCACCAGUUUGCUCCGAGUAAGCGCGCCUUCCAAACGCAGUUCAAACGAUGGGGAUUUCCCUCGAAACAGAAUCCGGCUCAUAAAAAUGCCAGUCUCGUGGCGCGCGUCAAGGAGCUCUGGGAAUGCAACACGAGUCAGCGGGAUAUGCUCCGGAUCCUGAAUGAGGAAGGCUUCAGCAUCAAGGAAAGAGAACUUAUGCGCGUGCGCGCCAAAAAUCGCUGGCUCCUUCGUGUUCCCAACGGGAUGAAAUCUCAUUCUACCGUUCAGCCGCAGACUUCACCAACGGAGGACGAGGGGUUGCUUGCAUUGCAGCAGGAGAUCUAUGAGAACGACGCGGCCUUUGAUGGAAACCAAGCUCUACCUCCCCGACCAGCCCCGCAGAGACCACCAUCACCGGGCUUGUCGCCUGAGGUUCUCAUGAAACGUAAAGAACGGUUGGAACGGUUACAAGCAGAGAGCGCAGAACGAUGGGCUACUCGGAAGAGACGUCGUCGGACUCGAGGCUGGGCAGGUCUGCCUGCUGAUCCGCCAGGUCCGCCGCGUUUCCCAUCCGAGACGACCAUCGACGAGAGCAAGCAGUAUCUCAAUUUGGACAAUGCUAUGUAUCGACGGAUUCGUGAUCACUUCCAGAGGAUCUGCGAAGAGGCUGGUUUCAUCAAGAAGACGGUGGCCGGUCCCGAGCGAUGGCAGGAGGCAAAAGACCGUCUGAUUCGGGAAUCACCGCACCUACAGAGCGUCUUCUGGGAAGACCCGAACCAGCUUGAUGCAAAGGCAUUGGCACUUGAUGUCGUCUGUACCGACGUGACCAAACGUAUGAGGACGCUGGAACGUCGGAUGACGAUUGCGGAAGCUAAGAACGCUCUUGGGAUAAACCCAGAGGAGAGUCGCCAGAUUCGGAAUGCGUUCUAUAACACUUUGAAGGCCGACCACUUCACCAGUAAGCUAGAAGCUGGCGAUGAGCAUUGGAAGGAGUUAAAGGAACAAUGGAUUCGGGAAUCAGAACUGCUUCAGCGCAUACUUGCCCCAGGACCUACGGAUCCCAAGCACGCCACCAAACUGAGGGCUAUGGAAGUGCUUUGCCGCGAUGUCAUGAAGCGACUGCGUGAUGAUCAAACGAAACGAGAUCCUUCUCGCAAGCGAUCUACCUCCCAUCAGGGGAAUGGUGUGCAGCAGAGCCCUGUCCCGAAGAAUGAUACUACUGCCACUGCAGACAAUCCGUUCAGCAGUGAUAUCAGCAAUGGCAUAAGCACGUUGGCAUCACAAGCCCUUGCCAGUGCACCUAUGGUUGCUAGCGAGAUGGGCGACAUGCAGAUCGACCCGUCCUUGCUCCAAGCUGCUAACGAUCCUUCCUUUGCAGCUGGUUCGCAGCAUCACGAGGGACCCCCGUUUGGAUACGUGGACCCGAUGCUCGAGCCUCCGGUUCUGCAUAUCCCAAUCUAUCUCCGCGUCAGCCCACAGAGCCAGAUUCACGCCGCAUCGAAGACGUGGGGUGAGAAACUGGGGUCACGCACCGUGUCCGAACUGCGACAGCUCUCCGCUAACAGGUUCCCUGGUGCUAUAGUCACCAGGAUCGAGGGCGUCGACACGGACGAGAACGGAAACGACGUCUCCUUUCAGAUUGAUGAAGAUCAUGAACUGGACGCUUAUCUCUCGCAUGUCCACGGGAGAAAAGCGUCUUUCCUGCUCUACUUGGACCCGAUGCGAUGA